AUGUCAAAUCCAUUUGUAGUAAAAUACUAUGAUUCUUUUAUUGAAAAGAGUACUUUGUGUAUAAUUAUGGAAUAUUGUGAUGGAGGCGACCUUUGUACAUUUUUAAAAUCUUAAUUAGGCCGACCUUUGUAGGAAUAAAAAAUUUGGCAUUUUUUCAUCCUUAGUACAUUAGGUUUAGAUUAUAUACAUAGAAAAAAAAUACUACAUAGAGAUAUUAAAACUAUGAAUAUUUUUCUUACAAAAUAAGGAAGUAAUAAUGUAAGAAUAGGAGACUUAGGAGUCGCCAAAAUAUUAUAAGAUUAAGAUAAUUUCGCACGUACAUUGGUUGGAACUCCCUAUUAUUUAUCGCCUGAAAUGUGUGAGGAAAAACCUUAUAAUGAAAAAUCGGAUAUAUGGAGUCUUGGAUGCGUUUUGUAUGAGUUAUAAGAUCUUCGACUUAAACAAGAAAUGUACUAGAAAUAAUUAGCAGACUUAAAAUAAUUUCAAGUAAAAUAAAACAAUAAACCAUUAAAUUAAAAACGUAUAAAAACUCCUAAAAAGGAAGAAGAUUAAAAACUUGAUUUAUUAAAACCAAAAAUUAAGAGUGAUAAAGAUUUAAGUGAAAAAGACUAAGAUGAAAUAGAUUAAGUUAUUUAAGAAAAUAUUAAUUAUAAUUUAAAUCCUUAAAAACACUACUAAUUUACUUUUUAAAAUAAAAAUCGUAUUCUCCUGACAGUAGAUUAUUUGUAUUUUGGAAAGGAAUAUUAAUAAUAAUUCGAAGAACGAUCUUAAUAUAUUUAAAGUUUCCCUUCUUUAUGGACUUUACUAAAAUUAUUUAUUUUGAUUUUUACUAUGGCACACUUUUGUGGAUGUGGGUUUACUUUGGUUGCUUAUAUUUAAUAAUCUGCUAGUCCCAAUAGUACUAAUUGGUUAAAAAAAUAUGAAAUUAUUAAUGAAUAAUGGGUAACUCAUUAUAUUUAUAGCCUUUAUUUUAGCUUUAUUACUAUGAUUACUGUUGGUUAUGGAGAUAUCACUCCUUAGACUAAUUAUGAAAGGAUUUAUGUUAUUUUUAUGACUUUGAUUUCGUGCGCAGUAUUUGCUUAUUCAGUUAAUACUAUUGGGAAUAUUUUUUCUGAAAUUGCGGCAAGAUCAGCUAAUUAUAGAAAGGCGAUAUAGGAGCUAAAGGCUUUAUGA